UUCAGUCCGCGAGUAUGGAGCUCAAGUUCUUAAUUAUUCAGAAUGCUGCGGUUUUCCAAGAGGCCUUUGAAAUUGUUGUUCGCCAUGCCAAGAAUUACACCAACGCCAUGUUUAAGAACAACUAUCCGAGCCUGACCCCACAAGCUUUUGAGUUCGUGGGUGAAUUUUUCACUGACGUGUCUCUCUAUAUCCUGGGUUCUGACAUCAACGUGGAUGACAUGGUCAACGAAUUGUUUGACAGCCUGUUUCCAGUCAUCUAUACCCAGCUUAUGAGCCCCGGCCUGCCUGAGUCGACCUUGGACAUCAAUGAGUGCCUCCGAGGGGCAAGGCGUGACCUGAAAGUCUUUGGGAAUUUCCCCAAGCUAAUUAUGACCCAGGUUUCCAAGUCGCUGCAGGUGACCAGGAUCUUCCUCCAGGCCCUGAACCUCGGAAUUGAGGUGAUCAACACAACUGAUCACCUGAAGUUCAGUAAAGACUGUGGCCGGAUGCUCACCAGAAUGUGGUACUGCUCUUACUGCCAGGGACUGAUGAUGGUGAAGCCUUGUGGGGGCUACUGCAAUGUGGUCAUGCAAGGCUGUAUGGCGGGCGUGGUGGAGAUCGACAAGUACUGGAGAGAAUACAUUCUGUCUCUCGAGGAACUGGUGAAUGGCAUGUACAGAAUCUACGACAUGGAGAACGUGCUGCUUGGUCUCUUUUCGACGAUCCACGAUUCCAUCCAAUAUGUCCAGAAGAAUGGAGGAAAGCUGACCACCACUAUUGGCAAGCUAUGUGCCCAUUCUCAACAGCGCCAAUAUAGAUCUGCUUAUUAUCCUGAAGAUCUGUUUAUUGACAAGAAGGUAUUAAAAGUUGCUCGUGUAGAACAGGAAGAAACCUUAUCCAGCCGAAGAAGGGAACUAAUUCAGAAGUUGAAGUCUUUCAUCAGCUUCUAUAGUGCUUUGCCUGGCUACGUCUGCAGCCACAGCCCCGUGGCCGAAAAUGACACUCUUUGCUGGAGCGGACAAGAGCUCGUGGAGAGAUACAGCCAGAAGGCAGCGAGGAAUGGCAUGAAAAAUCAAUUCAACCUCCACGAGCUGAAAAUGAAGGGCCCGGAGCCAGUGGUCAGUCAAAUCAUUGACAAACUGAAGCACAUUAACCAGCUCCUGAGAAGCAUGUCUGUGCCCAAAGGUAGAGUUCCGGAUAAAAACCUUGACGAGGAAGGGCUCGAAAGUGGCGACUGCGGCGACGAUGAAGACGAGUGCAUCGGGGGCUCAGGGGACGGCACCACCAAAGGGAGGAACCAGCUCCGCUUCCUGGCAGAACUGGCUUACGAUCUGGACGUGGAUGACAUGCCUGGAAACAAGCAGCACAUGAAGCCGAAGGACAACGAGAUAGUGGCCUCGCACAACCUCGGGAGCGGCCACUUCCCCCUGAAGGUUCUAACCAGCCUGGCGGUCUGUUUCUUCUUCCUGGUGCGCUGACUUCCUAGUGCACGGCCCGCGUGCUGCCCUCCAGCACCCUGUGGGCCUCCCCUAGGAGGGGACCCACCUGCUUCUUUUUCUCUAUUUUUUUAUCUUGUAUACCUCCUCCAGCCAUUAAGUAGAAGACUAAUCCCGUGUUAUGUUUUCGAAAAUCAAAUGGCAUCUCUGAGGAAGGUAAAUUUUAGUGGUAGUGUAGAUUGUCUUUUUGCAAAGAAAAAAAACCACUCAAGUUGUGCCAAAGUAUUUUCGUAUGUUUGGCUGCUAGAACAUGGUUACCGUGUCUUUCUCUCUCUGGCCCUCUCUUUCUCUUUCCCUUUGCAUGGAUUUCUUUGAAAAAAAAAAAUAAAUGCGCAAA